GAGCAGAGAUUGAUUUAUACUGGGGGGCUGAAGGCGAGAGAGGAGCACAUCAUCAGAGGAGCAGCUGCGGCCGAAUCAACAGGUCCUGAAAUCAUUACCAGACAUGGGUUGCUACGACUGCUGUAUGCGCUGUUUGGGUGGGGUCCCAUAUUGCUCCCUCGUCGCCACAYUGCUCUGCUUCUCUGGCAUUGCCCUGUUCUGUGGCUGUGGGCACCAGGCGCUCACAGAAACCGAGAGGCUCAUCGAGACUUACUUUGCUCGUAACCUUCAGGACUACAGGACCCUCGCCUACAUUAUUCAAUAUUUCCAGUAUGUCAUCUAUGGUCUGGCCUCCUUCUUCUUCCUCUACUGCAUUGUGCUGCUGGCUGAGGGCUUCUACACCACAAGCGUGGCCAAGCAAACCUUCGGAGAGUUCAGGAGCACCAUGUGUGGCCGCUGCCUCAGCUCCUCGUUCAUAGUGAUGACGUAUCUACUUGCUGUGCUGUGGCUGUUGGUGUUCGCUUUCUCUGCCUUGCCGGUCUACUUCUUUUACAACAUGGAUGCCACUUGCCACACCAUUGAUGUUCUGACCGAGACCCCUGCAAGCAUCAACCAGCUCUGCGUCGACGCAAGACAAUACGGACUCUUGCCAUGGGAUGCUGUUCCAGGCAAAGCUUGUGGUAUGACCCUGUCCAAUGUUUGUAAAACCAGAGAGUACCGGAUAACCUAUGACCUGUACGUUGCUGCUUUUGCCGGUGCAGGCAUCACUCUCUUGGCUCUGCUGACCUAUACUGUCUCCACCACCUAUAACUUUGCGGUUCUGCGGUACCUUGGGAGAAAGGGCAUAGGUGCRAGGUGUUAGGCACCCGGUUUCCUGUCCUCUCUUUCACUUCACCAUCAACAAGGGACUCCUAAAGGAARUGGCGUCAACUCUUUCUUCUUUUUAAUUUCAGCUGCACGAAAUCACCUGUGGUCAUGGACUUUUAUAURAAAAAUGUUUUUAUAUUUUUACUUUUUGUAAGGUUGUCAUUUCUCUUUUCUGUUUAUUGGAAAUAAUUGCUGCUUUUACCUACAGAUGAAUAUUAUUGUUAAAUCACCAAAAUAUUUGUAAAGUUUGGCAGUUGUUGCUUACAAGUUUUACUUUCUACUUAAAUUUAUAACACAAUAACUUAACAUUUUAAAAGUAGCAAUUUUCAACUAUUGCAAGCACAAUACAGCUGCURUGCAGAAAAGGGGCUGGAGCUUACCAUGGAUACUGGCCCUCACAUCUGGCAGCUGUGGGGGCAGACAAGCKUAUGCAGUCUCACGCUGACCUCAGGACUUUUCUCACGGUACGGAGAGAAAAACCCGAACAAUGCAGUCGUGCUCAUUUUGAAACGUUAGCCAAUGAGGAGCCAGUUCCCGGGGCCACCUGCAUCACGAGCCUCUCUGCCAAAGGGUUGAAUUUCAAGUCAAAGCAGAACAAAGACCGGGUCGGACCUCUGAGAUGCUUCAACUCAGCUCCUCCGAGACCACAUACAACACAUUCACUGCUGUGUGAGCCCCCGGCAUCCUCUAAUGAUAAAAAUUAUGCUUUGGUGGUUAUUUUUAGCAGUUUACUACUGAUAAAAUUAAAUUUAGUGAAGUCUGAAAAUUUAUUCUCGCUGUGAAAUGGCAUCGUGGGCUAAUUUAUGAUGUAACCUCAUAUUAGACAACUUAAAAAGAUUGCAUGAGAGAUAUAAAAAAUGCAUUUCCUCUUGCUAUUUGUAUGACUGAGGUACUUUCAUAAAGGUAAAACAUUUUGACUAUUAAUUCUUUAGGAAUUUUGUUGUAGUUAUUGUAUAACACAGCUUUUACUUAUAUAUAAUUUUACUAAUACCUUUUUUGACUUUUGAAAGACUUUUACUAAAAAAAUGCUGCAAAGUAUAUUAGUAAUGAAGCCCUGUUUAGUUGUGUUGAAUUCACCAAAAUAGGAAAACGCUGGAAUGGCCAACUACACUGCUGUCUGUGCUAAAGAGUGGAGAAUYCCUGCCGCCAUCUUGACAGGUGCAAUGUGUGGCAUCCUUCCUGGACCAUAGAAAUGAACUUCAACGAAUACAUCACAUUUGUUUUUCUUUGAACAGACGAGGCUAACAAACUCUUAAAUCAGAGGUCAUAGCUCUCUCUAAGCUAGAUUGCUAUGUUUAUUGUAAAGCAGAGUUUAGACGGUAUAAAACAGUUAAUGUUAUAUUCAAUUUUAAAACUUUUACCUAUCAUGAGAAAAAUUAAUAGGCUAGAUAAAAGCUCAGUUACUCAUGUCUACAAAUUGAAAAUGAAUGUUAUUUAAGGCUUAAAUCUUCAUAAAAUUAUGAAGAGAAAUGACUAAAUAAGUUUAAGCUAUUAGUCUUAAAUGCAAUUAACUGCAGAUGCUGGUAGCAGUGCUCUGAUCAGAAGYAGACGAGUUAUUAUGGUCUGGUCUAGCUAGGAUAAUUUCAUCACAGUAUGAGAGGUAGCCUGCUGGGUUGAUAUUCUGCUAGUGCUAACGGUUGACCAGGCUUUGUGAGAGACUCAUUACAGAAUAAUAAUGACUUUUUCUUCUCACAUUGUGUUGUGUGUUUGCUUAAGUAAAAUGAUGCUAUUUUUAUUCAUUUCUAGGCUGGUGUUGAUUGUGUGUACAUGUAGCACCUAGCAAAAUKGCCACCACUAUUCUUGCCUAGAACAGACGGUGACAAUUCCAGUGCAUUUCUAUUUCAGUGGGUGGACUUGUAAAGUAGCAGCUGGCUGAUAGAUGCUUGUUUUUGAGUGUGCGUGUCAGAAAUAUAGUAUUUGACAAUAAAAGCAAUGCUUUGA